GUGCGAGUGGACUUAUUAGUUGUUCCGAUUCGUCUCCAAUAUUCGUAAAGGACACCAGUGGGCCUCAUGAAAAACUGAUGCUAAUGGUGGAGUCUGCGCACUCCUAUUGUCAUCUUUCUGCACGUACACGAUAAUAGAAGACACAAAUUCAACGCCCAUAGGUUGAGUGUUUGCUGCCAUAAAAUCACAAUUUCUUGUCAUUAGAAUUAACAGUCUGUGUAUAGUACAUUGAGUAUAUUCAAAAUAGGACAUAGUACUAUCAACAUGUUGAAAAUGAAACAUAGGAUCAUGACCAAUAUUUCAUUAUCUCUGUAUUCACUAUGAAAAUGCAUUUGAUUUCAACAGUCUUAGUUAAUGUUAGCAUCAAAACUAUUGCCAUCAACUACGACAACAUGAGAUAAUUGUAGCUGGACAUUAAAAUUAUAUAUGCAAACAACAAUCUAAUCAAUAUAUACAAUAGAAAACUAGAAACUGAACUAGUACAACCUAACAUCAUGGCAUGUAGACUUUCACAAGAAGAAGAAAACUAUGUCAGGAUGAGCUUGCUACUGACAGGAAUAUCUCCUCGUGCAGCAAGAGCUUUGUUUGAUCGUGAAUUUGCUCCUGCAUGCUUAGAUACCUCACUGAAGAAAGAGUAUAACAAACUGCGAAAUCUUCAAAAGAAGAGGGUAAUAAAUCAAGCACAGUGGAAACUCCUGACCCCCAGGUCACCAGAUGUUCCGGAUUCUAAAACAUUUGAUGUAACUCUUAUGAUAACGUUACUUAGAAACCUGACCAGUUUGAACCCUCCUCAUAGUGGAUAUGACAAACUGCCUACUGCUAAUGAAGCUACACCAACCUCAGAUUUAGCCAGAAUAAAAUAUUACAGAAAUAUCCUGGCUCACCUUGAUGAUGGAAAAAUAGAUAAUACUGAGUUCAACACAGCAUGGGACGAUAUAACGGGUGCUAUCAGCAGAUUAGGUGGACAGCCAAUGAAGCAGGAGUGUGAUAACUUGAAGACAAAAAUACUGGAUCAGACUAAUCAGGAAAUAAUGCUGGAUAUCAAGCGUUCAAAUGGUGAAAUAAUGGAACUGAAAAAAUCUUUCGAGAGCUUGAUGAAAAUCAAUGAAGAUAUGACAGUACAAAUGAAUAAGUUAAAAACUUCUCAGAAAGAUACAGUUCCUUGGAAUAUUCGAGUACAAAUCAAUCAGAUCAUUGUGGAAUGGCAGGACAAUGACAAGAGGUUUAUAACAACCAGAGCUGCCGAACAUGUACUGGAAUGUAUAAAAGAGAACAGUUGUGUAACUAUUACUGCUAGUUCUGGUGUGGGUAAGACGGCCACACUCCGACAUGUGGCUUUACAAAUGGCAAAAGAAGGGUACGAUGUACUUCUUGUUACAGAUCCAAGUGAUAUUGUCAAGUUUUACAAUCCAAACCAGAAAAUGUUGUUUGUUUUUGAUGAUUUAUGUGGAAACUAUUCUUUUAACCAGACUGACAUGAAAGUAUGGGAACCAGUCAUGAAGCAAAUAAAAAAGAUCCUUUUAAAUAAACUUUCUAAAAUAAUUGUAGCAUGUCGAUUACAAGUGUAUCAGGAUGACAAAUUCGAAUCUUUAUCAGUUUUCAAAUCAUGUGUAUGUAACCUUUUAUCAGAUAGCAUCUGCUUGUCAAAAGCAGAAAAACAAUCAAUAGCUGAGUUAUAUCUGAAAACAAAAGCUCCUGAGAUUGCCGAGUCUUGUGAUUUGUAUGAUUGCUUUCCACUUUUAUGUAAUUUGUAUCAUGAAAAUCCUGCACUAGAUAUAAAAGAAUUUUUCCAGAGACCAUUUUCUGUUUAUGAAGCAGAGAUUGACAAGCUACAGAAAAAAGAAUUUUGUAGUAAAUACUGUGCUUUGGCUUUAUGUGUCAUGUUUAACAACAAUUUAAAGGAAGAAACGCUAACAGAGGAGGUGAUGGAAGAAACCAGAACCAUUAUUGAGAAUACAUGUGAAUCAUGUGGACUGGACAGAGGGACAUCAAGGCUUACUUUACAGGAUGAACUGAACACACUUAUACAUACAUUCCUGAAAAAAGAACAAAACAUAUACAAAACUAUUCAUGAUAAAAUAUUUGACUUUCUAGUGUACUACUUUGCACGGAAAAUAAUCCACUGCUUGAUGAAGAAUGCACAUAGUAGUUUAAUCAAUGAAAGAUUUUUGUUAGAAAGAGAAGACAAUAUGAAUCAGUUUAUAACAAUUUUGCCUCCUAAGUAUCAUGAAAUGUACAUACAAAGAAUGAUUGAUGACUGGUCAAAGGGUAAAGUCCAUGAAGUAUUUUGUAACAUGAAUAUGACAAAGCCACAGUUUAGAAAGCAAUUUAUCAGUCUUUUGAAUAAUCUGGACAUAUCAUAUCAGAUACGAUUAGCACACACCAGUGAUGUAAAUCAAUACGAGUUUACUGUACUGAUGAUGGUUUGUUUUUUAGGUGAUAUUCCUAUCACCAACUGGUGCUUAAGUCAUGGUGUUGAUGUUAAUCAGUGUAGUAGUGAUGGUUGGUCACCUAUAAUGUGUGCUUGUAAAAAUGGACAUACAGGAAUAGUCAGAAUGUUGUUAGACAUGGGAGCAGAUUAUAAUAAAUGUAACAGUACUGAUUGGUCACCUGUGAUGUGGGCUUGUAGUAAGGGACAUAAAGAAAUAGUUAGGAUGUUGUUAGACAUAGGAGCCAAUUAUGAUAAAUGUAACAGUAAUGGUUGGUCACCUGUGAUGUGGGCUUGUCGAUAUGGACAUACAGAAAUAGUAAGGAUGUUGGUAGACAAAGGAGUUGAUUGUAAUAAAGGUUGGUCACCUAUACAGUUUGCUUCUAGAUAUGGACAAACAGAAAUAGUAAGGAUGAUGUUAGACAAGGGAUUAGAUUAUAAUAAAGGUUGGUCACCUGUAAUGCCUGCGUGUAGAUAUGGAAAUAUAGAAAUAGUAAGGAUGUUGUUAGACAAAGGAGCAGAUUAUAACAAAUUUGACCGUCGUGGUUUAUCACCUCUAAUGAGUGCUUGUAGUGAGGGACAUACAGAAAUAGUAAGAAUGUUGUUAGAUGUAGGAGCAGAUUAUAAUAAAUGUGACAAUAAAGGUUGGUCAUCUAUAAAAAGUGCCUGCAGUAGUGGAAAUAUAGAAAUAGUAAGGAUGUUGUUAGACAUAGGAGCAGAUUAUAAUAAAUGUGACAAUGAUGGUUGGUCACCUCUAAUGUAUGCAUGUAGAUAUGGACAUACAGAAAUAGUAAGGAUGUUUUUAGACUUAGGAGCAGAUUAUAAUAAAUGUGCCAAUAAAGGUUUGUCACCAGUAAUGUGUGCUUGUACAUAUGGACAUACAGAAAUAGUAAGGAUGUUGUUCAACAAAGGAGCAGAUAAUAAUAAAUGUAAUAGCUAUGGUUUGUCACCUGGUACAAUGGUAAUGGUUGCUUGUAGUAAGGGACAUACAGAAAUAGUAAGGAUGUUGUUAGAUAUAGGAGCAGAUUUAAAUCAAUGUAACAAUAAUGGUUGGUCACCUUUAAUGAGAGCUUGUAAAAACGGACAUACAGAAGUAGUAAAAAUGUUGUUAGAUUCAGGAGUAGAUUAUAAUAAAUGUAACAAGAAUGGUGUGUCACCUGUAAUGAGUGCUUGUAGUUAUGGGAAUACAGAAAUUGGAAAUACAGAAAUAGUAGGAAUGUUGUUAGAUAUAGGAGCAGAUCAUAAAAAAUGUGACAAUGAUGGUUGGUCACCUGUUAUGUUUGUUGGAAAUUUGGACAAACAGAAAUAGUAAGGAUGUUGUCAGACAUAGGAGCAGAUUAUAAUAAAUGUAACAAGGAUGGUGUGACCCCUGUUAUGAUUGCUUGUAGAUAUGGACAUACAGAAACAGUAAGGAUGUUGUCAAACAUAGGAGCAGAUUAUAAUAAAUGUAACCGUAAUGAUUGGUCACCUGUAAUGUGGGCU